GAGAGAGAGAGAGAGAGAGAGAGCAUAGAUAUAUGCAUGCGCGCGCGCACGUACACACUGAGAGACACGUACAAGCAGAGUUGAGCACGAGCUUGUGCGCGCGUGUAUGUGCACGUACACCCUUGUGGCUCCUGAGGCGGUGCGGAAGGAGGCGAGGACGAAGGCCCAAAGACCACGGAAAGAUCGGAUCUGAGGAAUUAUGGAGAUAUCCAAGGCUCUGCAAGAGGAGAUAUUGUCAGUACAGAAUAAGCUGAAAAACGCGAUCCGCGAUCAUCAGAUCUGUGUGGUUAAGCUGAAAGAUGAUCCAAAUAAUACAGAUAUUUUGGAACGAAUACGGGAUAUUCAGCUUCACAUUGUUUCACUUGGAAGGUGGCAGAAACAAGUGGUCCAGCGGCUGCGUAAGGAGGUGGAGGCAUUCAAGGCGGAAAAUGCGCUGAAUGGUGCAAAAAUCUCAGUUGCCUCGCUCCUCGGCCUAAGCAACAACAACAACCACAUAACCAACAAUAACGAGGCGUCGAGGCGCACCGAUAUCGCAGAACACGAAAAUGGUCUGAACGGACAUUCGGAGAGCAGAGGCUCGUCGAAGGAAGACUACGAGGAAAUUGUGAGGAACGGCGACGUUGGCUCACCGCUUUGCGAGGACAAUGGCGUCAAGGAGCGACGCUCGAGUUCAAUGGAGCCAGUCUCCGGUGAGGACGAGAUCGUGGAAGUGCCAUUACAGCAGCCCGGCAGUCCGGAACUGGAAGUGGAUGAGAAGCUGAAGCCGUCGGUAGCGCCAACGACAAUGACAAUAUCGACGACAACAACGACGAAAAUGGUUGCAGCCCCGUUGAUGACGGUGCGCGAGCAGCAAUAUUUUUUGGGCUGCCUCGGCCUCAUCACCAGCGCACGCCUCCUAGAGCUACAGAACAAACGAGCGGAGCGUAAACGACGCAGCACCGCAAAUUCCCAUUUCGUCUACUCCAAUUGGGAGGUACCCAUGAAGCGUAAACGUCACGCUUAUCUGCAGUCGUUGGGCAAUGCGCCACAGACGCGUCAAACGACUGCGCGUCUUAACGGGCCAUCGCCCCCGCCUCCGACGAAGACUAAUUCCGGUUCGAGGACGGCUAAGAGCACCGGUGUUGCGACCAAGUCGCUCAUCCAGGUGGCCAAGACUCCCAAUAUUCUGCGCAACGGCGAUGGUAAACAGCAGUCGAAGGAGGUGUACGGCAAGUCGAUAAAGCAGGAGUCGGACAAGUCGAACGCUCGAGUCGAGGCCAGCAUGUACCAAGAGAAGCUCUCGCAGACGACCUCCACCGGCAGGGCGGUUCACAUACCCGGCUUGCCCUCGGGCUUGACCAUUGAGAGGAUCGAGAACGACUCGACUGUUUGCAUCGCGUGCAGAAAUCCAGGUACACUAACCGUGUGCGAGUAUUGCUCGGCAAAGUUCCACGUCUCGUGUCACACCACGUCCCCGGCGUCAUCCUGUUAUUGUCCUAAAUGUGCAGUUCGCUUUAGAAGCAAAGGCCUCACAUCGGCUGAUCUCGAAAUUCUGAGGCUCGAAAUGAAGAGCAUCAAGAAAGAUAAAGAAACAGUUGCAGCAGCGUACGCGUCGCGAGCUUUUGGGAACACGGGAGAAGACUCGGAAGUCCAUAAAUCGUCUACUGGACUUUGCAAGGCUGAUGCAGCUCAGACGCGGCAGCUUCUCACCGCAGCGGCCCUCGGCAUCAACCAGCUGCCCUCCUCGACCUUCCUCAUACCAAUCGCCGCCACUCCGGACGACGACGUCUCCGUUUCGACCGUCAACGAGCAGCUCCCCGUCUCUUCCUCCUCCGCUCUGGGAUCAUCGACGGGAACUGCCACAGCAGGUGCCGCUUCACGAUUCGGCCAGGAUAUUGUCGAGCAACAGAAGCAGCAGCAGCAGCAGCAGCAGCAGCAGUCCUCGAUCCUUCUCAACCAGCUCUCACAGCCAAACGCCACCACUCCAACCACUCCUACGGAUGUCGAAUCAAGACUUCUUCUGCGUCAAAGUCAAGAGAUCGUCCCCCACGGAAAGUCGUUUCUCGUUGUCGGAAAGGUCUCCGGGCAUUCCCUUGGACAAAGGUUCGUCGAGAAUCACGCUGGAGCGCCGAUACAAGUCCAGUCAAAUCAAAGCAAGGAUUGUCAGUUCUCGAUUAUAAAUGGUCGGACAGAGCCACCAUUAGACCUGAAUCUCAACAAUCUGGACUUACGAUCGCAAAGUCCGGUAACUACGUCACUGUUGAAGUCUUCUGCAAUGAUGACGAAGGAGCUGAGCAUACCAGCGAAAAUUCGGCCGAUUGCGUUUAUAUCUCGGAAAGCUCCUCUGGAGUACCAGACCUUAUCGAGUUGGAAUCAUCAACUGACGAGACGAAAAAUCGAGAACCCGAGGUACUCAACGUCUCCUCUGGAAUUUCCAAAGCUCGACCGAAUAAAUUGCCAGAAUCGAAGGCAGAGUCAGACUGCGACCGAGAAGAAGUGCACGAAGGAGACAACGAUGGCAGUAACGACGUCGGCAGUGACGGUGGAAGCGACGGUGGAAGCGACGGUGGAAGCGACAGUGGCAGCGACGGUGUCAACGAAGGAAUAUGGAUACAAGAUCGAUGUCGUCGACGUUGAGUCCUCUUCUUCCUCCUGUGAACUGCCACCAGAUAGUCCCGACAGACAACGCGACGAACCGGCAGUCGACGAGUGCAUGAAAUUGGAAGAAACACAUAUGCCAGCGUCAUUUAGAGCAAAGCUAGCCGACAAGGCAUCCGAGGACGAGACGGGAGACGACGUCGCCGUCGCCGUUACCGUUGCCGAGGAACUGAAACUCGAGUUUGAGGAAACCAAGUCUGAAACGAAAGAAACGAUGGAGAUAGUUGAGAAGUGUGAUUCCGAGCAGCUCAUGACAGUUCCUGACAAUAAGUCUGACAACACUGCGAAGCUAGACUUUGGUGUGAACAAUUGCGGAAUAUAA